AUGGCGCCUGAGGCCCCCAAUAGACGACUCUAUGUAACACUCCAGCGCCGUCUUGGAUUCAACAAAUACCAUAAUAUGGUCCUAUGGCUGGUAACAGGCAGUAUAAUGGCCAUGUUUGUCCUGGACCGUGCACGGGCAUACUCAAAUUUCGACGCCUACAUCCAGAUCAAGUAUACGACCGGCGAGCGCUGGGUAAUGAACAACAUCCCCCUCCAGCGGUUCGGGAUGAUGCUCCACAUCGUCUCCAUCGUGCCGUGCGGGCUCCUCUCGAUAUUCCAAUUUGUGCCCACCCUGCAGCAGAAAAGCCCCGGUCUCCACCGCCUCAGCGGCACCAUAAUUCUACUUCUGCUGUUGCCGCUUAGCUGUGUCAGCGGCAUGAUACUAGGGCGAGAAGCUCUCGGUGGUGACUUUGCGACGCAGACAAGCUGCGCGUUCCUCAGCGCCAUAACGCUCGGUGCGGCGGCAAUGAGCUGGUAUAAUGCGAGGGUGCUGCGGCUGCACCGGCACCGUGAGUGGGUUCUGAGGUGCAUGGGGUACAUGUCGAGCAUUAUUACGAGUAGGCCGUUUCUGAUUGCUGGUGCGGUGGUUAUUGGGUGGAACCGCAAAUAUGAGAAUAUAUGGAAGUGUGAGCAGCUCGCGGACGUUUUCACUGCGACUCAGAGGGUGGUCACGGAUGUGUAUCCGACAUGUGGGAACCUGAGCAGCAGCGUGGUUGUGCCGGCGCACUUUGAGGAAGAGGAGAAUAUAGGGAGCUGUUUUCGGCUGUCUUUUGGGGGCAGUUUGUGGAUGGCGAUAGUUGUGCAUGCUAUUGGGAUUGAGAUCUAUAUAAAUCUCACGCAAGACGAAUCUGAGCGUCUGAGAUUGAUUUCCCGUAAGAGGCGGAGGGAUGCUUGGCUGGAAAGUGGUGCGGUGAAAGGGGGAGAUGGCGUUAUGGAGGCGGGCUCCGAGCAGAUGGAGCAUGUGGUUAGAGCCUCGGGGAAUGAUGCGGUGGAAACAUGA